AUGGAAAUGAUGCAACAGUUGCAACAACAACAGCAGCCGGACUCUACAUUCGAAGACGCUCUUGAUCAAGCAUUCGAAAUUAGUCCGAAGUCACCCUCGUCCAGCGUUCGAUUAGCUCCACAUGCCGAAAGUACACCUGUUGGUGCGGACGACAGUUUUGGCGUAUGUAGCGAAGUUGAAGUGAUUAAUGGGAAGGACCAAAAUAAACAAACGCUGCAAGUAACCUCUCAUCGCAAACGUCAGAAAACAAUAACGCUUUACAGUCAGCUGACACAGGAUAUUGAAAAUAUUUUUAGAAACACAAACAGUGUUUUUAAUGAACAGACGUUUGCUAUUGUCCAGGGACGCAUUCAGGCUUUAAUUCUGGAAAAAGAAAACGAAUGGGCUGAAAGUAACAAAAAGAGACUUGAAGAGAUUGAUUUGUGGGAACAUAAAGCUACAGAGCGCGGGUUGAUUAUCUAUGAGUAUGACCGAGUAAUGAGGAUUUUGAUAGAAGCAUUGAAGUCCCCUGCGCAGAGAGGAAGCCAGGCGCGUGUGGGAAAGGCUUUGAUAGGGGGACCGGGGCCAGAAAGGAUUGUUUCGCCUGAAGAACUGUCUUUGAUUCAGAAAGAAAGAGACCAAUUGGCUGAGGAUGUUAUUUCUUGGGAGACAAGCUAUGACGAAUUGUAUAAGCGUUAUGAAAAGCUUCGUCAGGCAAGCUUGGAGAUCAAAAAGAACGAUGAUGACAUGAAGCAGGCCUAUAAGGAGUUAGAAAAUCGUAACGAAUUGCUGGAACAGAAUUUCCACGCACUACGUAUGCAGGCUGAAAACGAGUUAAAUCGAGCCAACAUGGAAAUGGAUCGUUUAGAAAAGGUGAGGGAGAAUGACACUCUAGGGCUGAGGUUAAAGGUGAAGCAUCUCGAAGCAAAGAACAGCGCGCUAGCUGCAAGUUUGGAAGCAAAAAUGAAAGAAAUUGCUGAUAUGGAAGCUCUCUUUGAGGAUGUGGUUCGUAAGGCAGAUGGCAGUAUAUCCCAAGAAUCUUAG